GUCUGCAUGUUCCAGCAUCUGACAGAAGAACUGAGACAAGAGUCAUCAAGUUCUAGAGCAAUCUGACUGAGAAUCUUCUCCAACAUCUCCAACAUCCAAAGAUGAAGAGCUUCAUUGCUGCAGUUUCUCUGGCUGUUCUUCUGACAUUUGUCUGCUUUCAGGAGAGCUCUGCUGUUCCAGUCACUGAGGUCCAUGAGCUGGAGGGAACACUGACUGAUGACAGUCCACUUCCUGCUGAUCUCAAGAUGCCAGUGACCUCAUGGAAGACGCUGUAUGACAUCAGGAAGAAGCGUGAGGCCAGAGCUGCAGGCUGUCGUUUCUGCUGUGGCUGCUGUGGAAUGAGUGGAUGUGGAGUGUGCUGUCCUUUCUGAGACCACCAGCUUCUACUUCCACCAGAUCUUCACCGCAGUCUUUCAUUAAACGAAUGUCCAUAACAUGAAUGCAUUCAUAAUAAAGAUCAGUUUGUCAUAAACAAA